AUGCCUCUCGCCUCGGCAGCAACUAGCCUGCGACGGUCCUUAGAAGACCCAAAUGCGUUCAUUGCCGCACCUGGGGUGUAUGAUGGACUUUCUGCGCGAGUAGCGCUAGAAGCUGGAUUCGAUGCGCUGUAUAUGACAGGAGCAGGUACCGCCGCGUCGGUCCAUGGGCAAGCAGACCUGGGAAUCUGCACGCUGAACGACAUGCGAGCCAACGCCGAAAUGUUGGCAAACCUGGCGCCCACGAAACCGCUCAUCGCCGACGCGGAUACGGGCUACGGAGGCCCGAUCAUGGUGGCACGCACGACAGAGCAGUAUGCGCGGGCCGGCGUGGCCGGCUUCCACAUCGAGGACCAGGUGCAGACAAAGCGGUGCGGGCACCUGUCCGGCAAGCUGCUAGUCGACCAAGCCACAUUCACGACCCGGAUCCGGGCUGCAGUGCAGGCGCGGCAGCGGCUAGAAAGCGACAUUGUGGUGAUCGCGAGGACAGAUGCGCUGCAAUCCCACGGCUACGCAGAGAGCCUAGCGCGACUGCGAGCAGCGCGAGACGCCGGCGCAGACGUUGGAUUCCUAGAAGGGAUUUCGUCACGCGACAUGGCGCGCCAGGUAGUGCGUGACUUGGCGCCCUGGCCCCUGAUCCUGAAUAUGGUCGAGCACGGUGCCACGCCCUCCCUUUCGGCUGCCGAGGCACGCGAGAUGGGCUUCCGUCUUAUUAUUUUCCCGUUCGCGACGCUGGGCCCGGCACUCACCGCUAUGCGGGAGGCACUGAAGAAACUGAAACGUGACGGCCUACCGGGCUUGGAUUCAGAGCUCACGCCCCAGAUGCUGUUCCGGGUCUGUGGUCUCGACGACAGCCUCCGACUGGAUGCGGAGGCUGGGGGCGCAGCCUUCGAGGGCGGCGUGGACCUACGAAGGUAA